AUGGCGUCUGAACAGCCAUCUCUCGACAAGAAGUUGGCCUACUUUGACCGCCUACAGGCGUGGCACGGGCACGGCGUCGCAGACGACACCUUUGACGCGCUCGAAGAACAAGACCGUCUGGUUCGAGCACGCUUCUUCCGCGCACGGAGCGUGCCACCCGCAUCCACCACGCAGGCACACGAGGACAGUGCAGCGCCAGAGGCCAACUCUCCGCGGAGACGGGUAGAUAAAAUCGAGCGACGAGGUCCGUCCAAAGGAACGACCAUCAAGGCCACGCCCCAGAGCCGCAUGCGCAACCGCCUCGCUAGCCUCCUCGAUCAAGAUGGCACCACCGUGAUACCCGACUCUACGCGUGUCGAGAGGGACGUCGCGGCCUCCCUUGGGCGCGGCCGGACACUGGAUUCCCCUCUGGCGGCGUCUAGGAAACGCACGCGCGGGUCGAUCAAGCUCCGGCCUGAGAGGGAACAGAUCUUCCGGGGCUUGCUGUUCUACUACGUGCCCAACAAUGAUGUUGCGCCCGUGAGGAGGCUGCGCAUCAACAAGGCUCGUGAGUAUGGGGCUUCGUGGACGUCGGAUGUCGAGAGCGCCACGCAUGUUGUUGUCGACAGGGGACUCCGGUACAAGGACGUGGAAAGGGUCGUUUCGGGGCUGGAUGUGACUGUGGUGAGCGAGGAGUAUCCGAUAGAUUGUAUCCGGUUCGGAGCCGUGGUGGAUGCAACGCAGAGGAAGUACAUGGUUCCAGGACAACCGGAGCCGGACGAGGGAGAGGGAAAGGGAGAGGGAGAGGGUUUGGAGGAAUCGGCCAAGUCGCUGCAGAUCAAGCCUCGGUCUAGAAGUUCGAAGAGGCGGGAUUCUGUGCCGACGCCGGGGACGACGGCUGCGGACGACUCGCCCCGUGCUGAGCUGGUGGACGGCGGGAGGGCUGCCGAUGGGGCGAGGGUCGUCUCUGAAGCGUGGACUUUGGGGGAGGAAUCUGGCGGAGAAGCCGGUGAUGUGGAUGACGAGUUGUCGCGGUGCAUUUUGACGAUGCAGGAGUUCAAGGGUCUCCCGCUCGACAAGGACGACGACGAAGACGGCACAUCUACGGCGAACGGGAACGAGGCCCGUUCAAGCGACGACGAGGAUCGGGGCUCGUCCGAGGACGGGCAGCGAACGAUGGGGGGCCCAGACAGGAAGCGCGGAUUUGGCGGCAAGCACCUGGCUUUUGAGGACCGGUUUGCCUGCAACCAGGCUGGCGUUGAGGAUGCGUUCCGGGACAACCCCAACUCCAGGACGAUCGAGGUCCUGCAGAGCAUGGCUAGUUACUACGACGGGGUCGGCGACCACUGGAGGACGACGGGGUACCGCAAGGCGAUUACGACUCUGAAGAGACAAGCGACCAGGGUUGCUACGGAGGAAGAGGCGUUCCGGCUGCCUCACAUUGGGCGAAGGAUCGCGCAGAAGGUCGGGGAGAUUGUCACGACAAUCAGACUGCGACGACUGGAAUGCGCGCAGGACGAACCGGCGUACGGCGCGCUUCGGGUGUUUCUGCAGAUAUACGGCGUGGGGGCCAAGCAGGCGCAGCAGUGGGUUUCCCAAGGAUACCGCACACUCGAGGACAUCAAGUCGAGGGCCGAGCUCAAUCCCAGCCAGCGGAUCGGCGUGGAGCGUUUCGACGACCUCAAGACGAGGAUCCCCCGCCGCGAAGUCGAGGCCCUCGGGGCGGUCGUGCGAAGGGCGGCGGCGCGGAUCGACGCGCAGGUCGAGCUCAUCAUCGGCGGCAGCUACCGCAGAGGCGCUGCCAGCUCCGGCGACAUUGACCUGAUGGUGACCAAGCCGGGCACGGAGUCGGUGGCGCAGCUGCGUCCCUUCCUGGGAGAGCUGGUGCGCGUCUUGGAGCAGGACGGCUUCCUCACGGCGCGUCUGGCGUCGUUUCGCGCGGGCGGAGACGGGAGCAAAUGGCACGGGUGCUGCGUGCUGCCCAGGACCGCGGGCAUCAAUGGCGACGAGGACCGGCGGGGGACUUGGCGACGCAUCGACUUCCUGCUCGUGCCGGCGUCGGAAAGGGGCGCCGCGCUGAUUUACUUUACGGGCAACGACAUUUUCAACCGCAGCAUGCGGCUGCUGGCGUCCAAGAAGGGGAUGCGUCUGAACCAGAGGGGGCUGUACAGAGACGCGACUCGGGGGGCCGGCAGGCACGCUCUCGCCGCGCAGGGCUCGCUGGUGAAGGGCGGGGACGAGAGGAGGAUAUUCGACGUGCUGGGCGUGAAGUGGCGAGAACCUCAUGAGCGGUGGUGCUGA